AUGAAUCUCAAUCAUGCCCCAGGGCAUCCUCCCGCACCACAGCAACCACAGGAUGCAGGGCCACCGCCUGUGUUCGCUGGUCCGGCACCACCCCAGGGUGCUCCGCAAUUGCCGCCUCAGAUGUUCACGACCGCUGCGCAGCUACUGGACCUGACAGACAAAAAGCUUCUCCUCUCUCUCCGCGACGGCCGCAAACUGCUCGGUGUACUACGCUCCUGGGACCAAUUCGCAAACCUCGUUCUCACCGAUACCAAAGAGCGCUACUUCUGCGUUGCAGAUCCUACGACUCAACCUAGAAGAUUAUACUGCGACGUCCCACGUGGCACAUAUCUAGUACGAGGAGAGAAUGUGCUACUGAUUGGCGAGGUGGACCUGGAUCGGGACGAUGAUCCGCCUCCAGGGUACGAGGAAGGAGAGCCGGCGGAGGUAUUCAAGUGGCAGAAAGAGGUUGAGGUGGCGAGGAAGGCGAAAGAUAAGUCGAGGACGAGAAAGGCCGCUGCAGUGUGGGGUGGCGAGCUGGAAGGCAGUGGCGAGGUCUUGUUCUAG